UAGUUUUAAACGUGAACUUGUUAAGUUAAUUGUGCUCGAUUGAUAAGAAAAUGUAAACAAAUUGUUAUUAUGCUGGGAAGAUUCAUCACAACUCUCGCGCUGAGUAAAAGUGAUGUUUCGUUUUGUGUUUUAAUCACAAACUUUUACAAACGUUGACUAUUUGAAUUUGAUAACAAAAACUUUUGUAAUAUCAACUGCAAAAUCUGUGUUAUUUAUUUAAUAGUUCAAGUUUGAAGUGAAUAUCAAAUCAGAAAUCAUUUAUUCAUGUAGAACAUUUUAGACGUUUAAGAACGUUAAGUUUUGCGUAUCAAUAUUUUUCCCCUACCGUCCAGUUCAGUAUACAGAUUCAAUUGAGAAGAACUGUCAAGAAACUAAACAGAUUUUUUAAAAAUCUGAUAGUAAAAAUGAAUUUCGACUUAGAACCGGAGAGACGAGGCAGUCGCUCCCGCGCAUUGGAAAGAUCACUCAGCUAUUCUGCAGCUAUAGGUAACAACUCAGUUAGAUCCUCAAUAGAAAUCCCAUCUAUUGUAAAUACAGAAGUCUAUACCAAUGAAGAGUUAAAGAAGCACUACCGUAUCUCACAAACUUAUGUAGAAGGCAAAGAGAUAUACUUUCCAACUCAAACUAACAAUAUUGAGAAUAAUGAAGGCGUUCCGUUAAGUCAAGAUGAUACAGCAACAGAUGCGUCUAUGUCGUCACUAGAAGACGAAAACACGUUUACUGGACUAACACUAACUAUAGAUGUCGAACAUGACAGCUCUAAAUCUACAGGCACGAGGCAUAUAUCAAAUGCUUCUACACAACCAGUCAUGAGCUCCACAGUUCCUAGUUUACCAACGGAGUUGUACGAUGAGAUAGCAAUGGAUAAUAUUUAUGAUGAAAAUGAGACAGUAACAGCAUCCGCUCAUGGGUACUCGACGCCGUAUACGAGGAGAAGGAAGAAAGGUACUCCUAGACGUCGACAUGGCAGACGGAUGCGAUCACGGCGGGUGGUCCAAAAAAAUGGUGAAGAAAACGUACCGGUCAGAAGUAACAUACCUUCCAAGUCUAUUAAAUAUAUGAGAGACAUCGUCAAUACAGUGAUCAAUAGCAAAUGGCGGUUUCUAAUAUUGGGCAUGGUCUGUGCCCACUUCACUUUCUGGCUGUUCUUCGCUGCUAUCUGGUACGCAGUCUCGUCAUCAUACCAGGAUGAUAUUGGAGACGGGAAGGAGCACUGCAUCACCGGAACAUCAUCAUUUGCAGGACUACUGAUGAUGUCUGUGGAAACACAGAUGACAAUCGGUUACGGUGCCCGAUACCCCAGCGAGGAAUGCCCUGAAGCCAUCAUAGUCAUGGUAUUGGAGAUUGUGGCUGGUACUGCUCUAACUGGAGGUAUAUCCAGUUUGCUGUUCACGAAACUGAUCCGGCCGAACAGACAUAUGGCGUCAGUGGGAUUCAGUAGGAAGGCAACGGUAUGCCUCCGGGAUGGGCAGCUGUGCUUGCAGUUCAGAGUGUGGGACCUCCAGAACCUACACAUCAUCAACAGCACUAUAACAGCUUAUAUGUUGAAGCCUAUCAGGACUUUAGAAGGCGAACUAGUACAGAACUAUAUCCACCAACUGAAGCUGAUACAAGCGAAUGCUUUUCUACUCUGGCCAAUAACUGUAGUCCAUGUAAUAGACGCUGAAAGUCCGCUGUUCGAUUUCUCUGCCCAAGAUAUGAUGGACUACAGGUUCGAGAUAGUGGUGUGCUUGACGGGUUCAUCCAAGAAUAUGGGUACGGUGACGCAGAGCAGAACGUCUUUCCUAUCGAAGGAGAUAAUGUGGGGAUACAGGUUCAAGAACGUGUUGAGAUAUUCAAAGAAACACGAAGCAUACAAAAUUGAUGAGGAUCAUCUGAACACAGUCGAGCAAGUGGACACUCCACUCUGCAGCCCAAGCACGCUAAAAUCUAUCGAAGAAGACAUCAAAUCUUCUAGAAACAUCCUGACCACACCAACAAACUUAUCAGUUUCGCCUACAGACUUAUCGUUGAGCCAAGAUGACUCCUCCAUCCAAGUAGGGGACUCUCUACCGUCGUCUCCGAUUCUGAACAGGAUAGCUGGAACCCAGAGAAGCUUAGGAUGGAACUUCAGACGGUUUUAUCCGGAGAAAUAUGUGCCAGGCCAGGAACAAAAACUGUGAUAGAAUUGUGAUGAGAUAUUUUAAUUUUAAUUAUUAUAAUUAAGGGAAUGUAUAUACAUAUAUAAUAAUAUAACAGUUA